AUGACUUCGAAAUCGAAAGACAGCGGACGAAAGAGUUUGUCUCUCUGGGUCACGUGUGAAAAGUGUCAAAGCACCUUAACGCAAAAAGAUGUAGCCGAGCAUGAUGCUAAUUGUCCACUUAGUUCAGAAAAAUGGAGCCACGAUUUCAUUUACAGUGGCAUAUUACAUAGCACUGUAGAAAUAUAUAAAUCACAGGAACAGCCAAAAAAUAUUUCUGAGAGAGCAUUAGAUGACAUGGUAUUUCUGUCACAAUCUGCAUUACAACUAUGUGAGAUUGCAAUAGGUGAUCCUGUUGUGGUUAGUACGAAUGGGGGUAUAGUGGUUAAAACUGCAUGGCCAACCAAAGACAAAACAAUAACAAGUGUUUCAUUAACAAAGCCUGCCAUAGAUUUGAAUAAUCUACAAGGCCCGGUUAAAGUUCAGAAAUUAAACUGGCCUGUUAGCAUUCCCAGAGAGUUUAUAAUCUCUAAUGUUGGAAAGCAUUUAUCGCCAGAAGUAACUGGAGAAUUUAAUGUGCUAUUAAAAAACCAUAAUGAACAAAAAAUAUUUCUUGUGGGCAAUAAAUUUAACAUACCUUUUUAUGGAAAGCGAUUAACUUAUGAGAUUAUACAAGUUAAAUUGGAUACAAAUACAGAUAAUAAUUUAUCAGAACAACUUAAACAAUUGAAUUUAACAACAAAUCAAGAAACUGAUAUCCAACUUUAUAAAGCACUUUAUAAUACCAAGUGGACUAUUUUAAGCAAAGAAAAAGAGAAAAAAGAUGAACCUAAGAAAUCUAAAUAUAAAAUAGAAGAUGUUGGAGGAUAUGACAAUCUAAUAGAAGAUAUCAAAGAUGUCCUUAAUGUUGGUCUUGGUAGAUGUAAAAGUAUUGGAGAUUUUUAUAUUAGUAAAGGAGUAUUAUUGUAUGGUACUGCGGGUGUUGGUAAAUCUACUAUUGCAAGUGCCUUAAUAUCCGAAUAUGAUCUUAGCUCUUUUACUGUUUACAGUUCAGAUAUUUAUAGCAAGUCCCUUGGUGAAACAGAACAAAAAUUAAAGGAUAUUUUCAUGGAAGCUAGAGCUAAAGCUCCGAGUAUAAUUUUAAUAGAAGAGAUUGAUAGCUUGUGUCCUAAAAGGAGUAGUUCAACUACAGAUCACGAAAGGAGGGUCCUCUCCCAACUAAUAGCACUUUUUGACGAUAUACAAAAUACAAACGAUAACGUUGUAAUAUUGGCUACGACUUCAAAACUCGAGCAAGUGGACAGUUCUCUUAGGAGACCUGGUAGAAUCGAUAAAGAAUUUGAAGUGUACGUGCCUACCCGAAAUAUGCGAACUGAAAUAUUACAAAAGUUGUUAUUGAAGAUGCCAAACACAGUGUCUGCAGAAGACAUAACGAACAUCGGGUUUGUUACUCAUGGAUUUGUCGGCGCAGACUUGUACGGCCUAUGUUCUCAAGCAAUUUUAAAUGCUGUAAAGCGCCAACAGAAAACAAAUGCAGCUUCUGAAUCUUCUUCGAAAGUAACAUCCCUUGAUUUCAAUCAUGCUUUGGCCGUGAUAAAACCAUCAGCUAUGAAAGAAGUCUUGAUAGAAGUACCGAACGUCAGGUGGUCGGACGUCGGAGGACAGAAAGAAUUAAAAUUAAAAUUAAAACAAGCAGUUGAGUGGCCGCUACGUCACCCUGAAGCAUUUCAAAGAAUGGGCAUUACUCCGCCUAGGGGAGUUCUUAUGUUUGGACCUCCUGGUUGUUCUAAAACAUUAAUCGCUAAGGCUCUUGCAACAGAAAGCAAAGUUAAUUUCUUGAACAUAAAGGGGCCAGAAUUAUUUUCAAAAUGGGUUGGUGAGUCUGAGAAGGCUGUAAGAGAAGUAUUCAGGAAAGCUAGACAAGUGUCCCCUUCGAUAGUGUUUAUCGAUGAAAUUGAUGCGUUAGGAGGUGAAAGAAGUUCCUCCUCUAACAACGGAAGUAACGUGCAGGAAAGAGUCUUGGCACAAUUAUUAACGGAACUCGAUGGAGUCACUGCGUUAGGAAGCGUCACAUUAGUCGCCGCAACGAAUCGUCCUGACAAAAUCGAUAAAGCACUCCUCCGACCGGGUCGGUUAGAUCGUAUAAUAUAUGUACCAUUACCUGAUGACGAAACUAGACAGGAGAUUUUCGACAUAAAAUUAAAAAACAUGCCGAUCACUGGAGAUGUAAAUAUACAAGAUCUAGUCGAGCUUACUGAAGGAUAUUCUGGAGCGGAAGUUCAGGCUGUAUGCCACGAAGCUGCAAUGAAAGCAUUGGAAGAAGAUUUAAAUGCUACCAUAAUCACCAAAGAACAUUUUAAAGCGGCACUGGCCAUUGUCACUCCUCGAACUCCGCCGUCAUUAAUCAACUUAUACAACAACUACUUGAAUAAAAUAUAUUAAUUGCGAAUGUGACUCCAUUCGUUCAUAGAGCCAAUCGAAUAUCGAAUUACCGUUCUGUUAUUUUCAUCGCGGACUUCACACUCUUACUUUAAUCGACACUAUCAUUUCGAAACAUUAACAAAAUUUACAAUUGUAUUACUGCACAAA